AUGAGCGCGGGCGACGCAGUGUGCACGGGCUGGCUCGUCAAGUCGCCCCCCGAGAGGAAACUGCAGCGCUAUGCCUGGCGCAAGCGCUGGUUUGUCCUCCGGCGGGGUCGCAUGAGUGGUAACCCUGAUGUCUUGGAGUACUACCGGAACAAGCACUCCAGCAAGCCCAUUCGCGUGAUAGACCUCAGUGAAUGUGCUGUAUGGAAGCAUGCAGGUCCUGGCUUCGUCCGGAAGGAAUUUCAGAACAAUUUCGUGUUUAUUGUGAAGACUGCUUCCCGGACAUUCUACUUGGUGGCCAAGACCGAGGAAGAAAUGCAGGUGUGGGUGCACAGUAUCAGUCAGGUCUGCAACCUCAGUCACCUGGAGGAUGGUGCAGCAGAUUCCAUGGAGAGCUUCUCUCACAUGGCCUCCUCCCUCCAGCCAUCUCCUGCCAGUUCACUUCAUACCGCCCAUGCUGCCAGCUCCAUCUUGCCAAAAGAUGACCCAAACACUAAUACAAUAGCCACUGAGGAAACCAGAAGUGAGUCAGAGUUUCUCUUCCUUCCUGAUUAUCUGGUUCUGUCCAACUGUGAGAGUGGAAGACUGCACCAUGGCAGUCUUCCCACCAGAUGUGAUAGCUGGUCAAACUCAGACCGCUCAUUGGAACAGACCUCAUUUGAUGAUGUUUUUCUGGAUGGCCUGCAGCCACUUACCUCCAAUAAUUUGGUCCACCCCUCACGCCAUGGGAAUGGUCCUCAAGAGGCACCUUUCACCAGGCCCCAGGCUGCUCUGAUCUGGAAUAGAGAAAUCAACAGCCCAUCCAGAGACCACAUAUCUUCUUCACCAUUGCUGGAAACUUGCUUAAAUCCAGCAAUUCAUGUAGACAAAAACCAAGGUUCCUUGUCCUGUGGGGCAAAAGAACUAGAUUUUAUGUCCAACAUUCCACCUCCCCGUCCUCCUAAGCCAAGCCAUCUGUCUGAACGGCGCCAAGAAGACCAAUUCCUAUGGACCCGGUACAGCAAUAGCAAGAAGCCAGAAUGCACUCUGGUGCCAAGAAGAAUCUCUCUCUCUGGUUUGGACCACAUGGGGUCAUGGAAAGGUGAUAUAGAAAGCCAAUCAUUAAGACACCGAGACAAACGACUUAGUUUAAAUCUGCCAUGCAGGUUUUCCCCAAUGUACCCCACAACUUCAACCAGUGCCGAAGACAGCUAUGUGCCCAUGAGCCCCACAGCUACUGCCUCUGGUCUUGGACCCCACAGUAGCCAGGAUGACUACAUACCAAUGAGCUCAGGAAGUAUCUCGAGUGUGCUGCCUGAGUUACCUGCAGACCUGGAGCCUCCACCAGUGAAUAGAGAUCUCAAGCCUCAGAGGAAAUUACGACCACCUCCUCUUGACCUGAGAAACCUCUCCACCAUCCGAGAACACACAUCUCUAACCAGGACUCACACUGUGCCUUGCAACCGAACCAGCUUUCUCUCUCCAGAAAGAAAUGGUAUUAAUUCUGCAAGAUUUUUUGCCAAUCCUGCUUCCAGAGAAGAGGAAGAAAGCUAUAUCCAAAUGGAGGAGUACAGAGCAGUCAAUUCCCUGAGCAGUGGUGCUCUUACCUGGACAAAGAAAUUCAGCCUGGAUUAUUUAGCCCUGGACUUCAAUUCAGCAUCACCAGCCCCUGUACAGCAGAAACUUCUACUUUCAGAAGAGCAAAGAGUAGAUUAUGUCCAAGUGGAUGAGCAGAAGACACAAGCUCUCCAGAGUACCAAGCAGGAAUGGACGGAUGAGAGACAAUCCAAAGUGUGAGAGGCGUGGUGGUGCAUGCCUUUAAUCCCAGGACUCAGGAGGCAGAGGUAGGAGGAUCACUGUGGGUUCGAGGCCAGCCUUGGACUACAGAGUGAGUUCCAGGACAACCUGGGCUAGAGUGAGACCCUACCCUGCAAAGACAACAACGACAACAAAAAUUUCUCAAAUGAAGUAUUUGGAGCAAAAAAUUAGAACUGGUAUCAAUACCAACAGGAUGACAUAAUUUGCCUUCAAUACCUGAAAUUCCAUCCUGUCCCAUGUACUUUGAUCAGAAUCAUAAAUUAUCAUAGCAGAAGGGUCUUAGGGACCAUCUUGUCACAACCCUUGAAGACACAGUUGAGGAGAUCAAGACCAGAUGUGGUAGCAGACACAUUAGUAUUCCUCGAAAGAUUUCAUCAGGUCAAUAACUUCUGUUCCCAAAGAGAUACACUUCAAGUGAUCGGCAGAGCAGAUCUAGACAUUGUGUCUUCCAUGAUAUUACAGUUGGCCUUUUCCCAGAAUACUUUUGUGGACACUAUUUAUCUCUACUCCAAAAAGACCUCAGAAGCAAGGCAUGGCAGAGCCUGUUGCUCCUACUUUGAAGAAAAGAAAAUUGAGAACGAGAAGAGACACCCUGUGUUCAUGGUCCCUCACAGAGUUGAUAUACAGUGUCAAAGUUGUCCAGGCUACCAAUUGCAAGCAUAUUCCACUAUUAUACUACCUCUGAGGGUUUUGACAAAAUCCAUCAAUUGGGUCAAUCUUGGACAUCUGUAGGAGACAACUACAGAUAUGAGAUGAGCCAUCACCCCCUGUUCCUUUCAUAGGGAUCUGAGCAGGUGCUUUUGAUACUUGAAAGAUAUGCAUUUCCAGUGAGGGCUCUGCACAAUGUUUAACUGGAACUCUAACAUCAUUAGUUAUGAUCAGAAAUACCUCCUGGUGGCCAGUUUGAAAUCCAUUCUGGACCACAUUGUCUCCUAUGCAAUCAAUGUUUUUUCUCUGUUUAUGAGCUGGAUAAUGCUGUCAGAGAAUUUUUUUAGCACCUCAGGAAAGACAUAAGUUGUGGCUGUUUCUCUUAUGAUGGAUUCAAACAUUUAAGGGAUAGAAAUGACCAGAAAAAAAAAUCUAACAAUUAGUUUUACUUCUAGGCUUCCUGGCCUGUUUUAUCCUUCUGCUUAAGAAAUGACUAGGUCCUGAGAGUGAAAAUUCUCCUGCUUCAUAAUGGACACAUUGUAACGUCUUAUGCAUUUGGGGGUCCAGAAGACCCAAAAUGAAGGUACCAGUUGAGAAUGAAGUUUAUAUAAUUCCCUUUCUUCCCUUUCAAAUCACCUAUAGCUAGAAGAUAUAACUAAACAGCUGAGAAAGAAACAGAUCCUGCUCUACCAUUCCAACCUGCACUUUGUCUUAUCUAUGAGGAGGAACCAAACAGGCAUACAGCUCCAUGACAAUCAGUAUAGCCAGGACAACUAUGGGUUUUCCAUAGGUUUCAGCAUUUCACAUUGUCCAAAAGGCAAAUAAAUGCCCGAAUCUUAUUUUUAUUACACCAUAUAAGAAGCCACUUUGAUUUUCAAAAGAGCAGGUUCUGGUUGCAUCAUUUUCUUCAUGUAGAAAACUACUUUAAACUGAGUUCAAGGUCCUGAGUACACUUGGACAGAGCAUGUACCUCCUGGCCAGUUCCAUGUCAUAGCCCACAGUCCAGAGCCUCAAGAAGUUGCAUUCUUCCCCACACAGCUGACAAAGUGUUACAGUAUCUCAGGCAAGAACCCUGAGAUGCAGACUUCUAGUUCCCAUAGAUGAGAGCUUUUCCAUGUGUGGGACACUUGUGUUUGGAACCUUGAUUACCUGGCAAAGGUUGGUGCAGGAAAUUUACAAUCCCAAGAGUCAAGAACCACACAAGAUUGAAGAUAGAGAGACGAUAGCGAAGUUAUCAGUGGUAAAUUCCACUCAACUGAUGAAAAGGAGAAAUCUCUUUUCUACAUUCCCACCAAUGUAUUUGCAGAAUGAAGCUCAUGAAUAGCAUGACCUGUGGUGUGAAUAAUUUUAAAUAGGAGUGCUCUAAGUAGGCACUCUUCAUGUUGAAGGUAUGGAAGGCUAUAGGGCUCAAAAUUAUUAUCUUGCAAGAUGACAUCAUUCUCAAUUUCAAAGGCACAGACAAUUAUGUUCUUAUUUGAUAAAUUUGCUAAAGGAUGACUAUGGCUACAUAAGGGCACAAUGAUUCAGUGAAACAAAGUACAAGUUAUUUUUGAACUGACAACAACAUAUGUUCCUGAGAAAGGUAUUAUUAAACAAAAAUGGUACCGGCCAAUUAUUAUUUUCUGGUGGAGACAAUCAGUGUAUAUGUUAGAAAAGGCUCUGCUUCUAACCAAGGGCCUCAUGUUUGCUACACAAGUGCACGUGGCAUAUCUGUACACUGUGCAAUGAACACCUUUCCUGAAAGGUUCGGGAACCAACGUAACAGGACAAUGUUGUAAUUAAUCCCACAUUGUUUUCUAUAGCUCCUUUCUGUUUCAUUCCCAGUACAGGAUCAGAGUAGAAGGGCCUCAAGCCUGAAAGUUGGGGAAGCCACAAACCUAGGCAAAGGUGAGGAGUUGCGCUUUCCUUGGGGUGUAAGGAGACCUGAGGCCCAGCUCACAGCCUAAGCCACUCAGCUGGAGCUGCUUCUCUGUGGAGCAAGGAUCAGGUGAAUCAUCUUGAUCUGGGAGUCUUGAGUCCAAGCUGAAGGCUCCACCCAGGCCUGCCUUCCCCCUCUCAAUGAUCUCCUUAGUCUCUGCUCUUACCAUCUCUGUACCUACAAUCAAACUGAGUUUUCAAAUUUAUUUUGCUUUUAUUGUUUCAUUUCUAGCAUUAAUAAAAGUAUUAUAAGGAAAAUAUA